AUGGGAACAAUGCGACCACUAACUUUUCAAUCCUUCUCACCGAUGCCAAUGAUAACAGGCCUUGUUUUUUGUGAAUCGAGGGGUCGGUCUUCACUACCUUAUAUCAACGAGUCUGCAAAAAUCGGAACCGUACUAGAGUUACCGUAUCCGCUCGCUAGAGAUGGAGAUCAGGGGAAAUUCUCUCGACUUCUUUACGCGCUAGUUGGCGACGAUGGACACUUCAAAAUUAACAAAAGCACGGCUGAGAUCUCACUUAAUCAUCCAUCUGGACUACGAAAAGCAACGCUCUCAUUCUCUAACAGUGCGCUGCGUUGA